GACUCUCUCCAAACACGAAAAAGCCCACUAAAACCCCAAACCAACCUUUGCCUAAAUCUCAAACCAGAAACUCCCAGGGUCUGUCCGGUCAUUUUACACCCCCCUUCACUGAAUUCCUUCCUCGCCGCUUAAACGCCACCGUUGCGAGGCCCAUUCCCGCAGCUGCACUUCAAACUCGAAAGAAGAGAAGAAUGAGUGGAGCUUCGUUAACAGGCUUGCAAGACCACCUCAAACUGGCAAGAGAAUACGCUCUCGAAGGACUCUACGACACUUCCAUUAUCUUCUUCGACGGCGCCGUUGCUCAGAUCAACAAGCACCUAAACACUGUUGAGGAUCCGUUAAUCCGAGCGAAAUGGAUGAACGUGAAGAAAGCUCUGUCGGAGGAAACCGAAGUGGUGAAGCAGCUGGAUGCGGAGAGAAGGGCAUUUAAGGAAACUCCUGUUGGGAAUGGGCGGAGGCGUCCUGCUUCACCUCCGAUCUCUACCAAAUCUAACUUCGUUUUUCAGCCGUUGGAUGAGUAUCCAACUUCUUCAUCCAGCGGUCCAGGUGGUCCCUUAGACGAUCCCGAUGUGUGGAGACCGCCCAGUCGAGAUGAUUCUAGGUCUGGUAGCGGGAGAAGGCCCGUUGUUUCUGCCCGCGGGCCUACUCGUAAGUCCCAGCAGGAUGGAGCUUGGGCCCGUGGCGGCCCUACCAGGCCCGCUGCACGCGGUGCUAAGGCUGGUGGUGGUGGUGCUGCUGGUAGGGUUAACUCCGGAGCCCGGGGCGCAACCGCUGCCAAGAAAGGCACUGCUUCUGGAAAAUCCAGCAAAUCCGAUUCAGUUAAUGGUGAUGGUGAUGAUGGGAAGACAAAGAAGGGGCAAUAUGAAGGUCCUGAUCCGGACUUAGCUGAGAUGCUCGAAAGGGACGUGUUGGAGACGUCUCCCGGAGUGAGAUGGGAUGAUGUUGCAGGCCUCACUGAAGCCAAGAGGCUUCUUGAAGAAGCUGUUGUCCUUCCAUUAUGGAUGCCUGAGUAUUUUCAGGGGAUUAGGAGACCGUGGAAAGGUGUCCUCAUGUUUGGUCCUCCCGGAACUGGGAAGACACUUCUUGCUAAAGCAGUUGCUACUGAAUGCGGUACCACUUUCUUUAAUGUUUCUUCCGCAACUUUAGCUUCCAAAUGGCGUGGUGAGAGUGAACGCAUGGUGCGGUGUUUGUUUGAUCUUGCAAGAGCAUAUGCACCAAGUACAAUUUUCAUUGAUGAAAUUGAUUCUCUGUGCAAUGCUAGGGGGGCUUCUGGGGAACAUGAAUCAUCCAGAAGGGUGAAGUCUGAACUUCUAGUUCAGGUUGAUGGUGUAAACAAUAGUUCCACAAAUGAAGAUGGUACCCGGAAAAUAGUAAUGGUUUUGGCAGCCACAAACUUCCCUUGGGACAUAGAUGAGGCACUGAGGCGAAGGCUGGAAAAGCGUAUAUACAUUCCUCUUCCGAAUUUUGAGAGUCGUAAAGAGUUGAUCCGUAUCAAUUUGAAGACUGUGGAGGUGGCCCCUGAUGUCAAUAUAGAUGACGUGGCUCGCCGUACAGAAGGCUAUAGUGGAGAUGAUUUGACAAAUGUAUGUCGUGAUGCUUCCCUGAAUGGUAUGAGGCGUAAGAUAGCGGGAAAAACACGCGAUGAGAUCAAGAACAUGCCCAAGGAUGAGAUUUCAAAGGAUCCUGUUGCUAUGUGUGAUUUUGAGGAAGCUUUGAAGAAAGUCCAGCGAAGUGUUUCUCAGGCUGACAUCGAACGUCAUGAGAAGUGGUUUACUGAAUUUGGAUCAGCAUAAGGAACACUAAUACAGUGACAUUUCAUAUUAACCACCACUAUUGUGCACUGGCUGCAUGAUUUGCUCCUACUCUGCUGUCAAUAUUUUAUUUGAUUUCUGAUGAGUGUUCAUUGUAAUUUGCAGGUGCUGGAGGGUUCUUUAAUUGUUUAUUUGUAUGUGUUAUCAAUGAUUUUAUGUAACCUAAUACUGUUUUAAAGGAAAUUGACUUCAACAACUA